CACUGGCCAAUUCUGUCGCCGCAAUGUCUACCCGUCAAACCCUAAACGCCGUGAAUCAGCCUUCAUCGCCGCCGGAUUCCUCAAUUGCCGCCGAAAUCUCAGAGCCCUCUCGUUCUUCCUCUUCUUCUAAAAUCACAUUUCGACCCCGUAAAAUCAGGAAAGUUUCGUCAGUUCCUCUCGAUUCGUCGCCGAUGAUGAUCACCGCGUCUCCUCUAUCGUCCAAAUCGACGAUUGAUAUCGCCCUCCGCCACCUACAGACCUCCGAUGAAGUGCUCGGAACCGUAAUCGCAGCUCACAACAACCCACCGGCGUUCGAAUCAAGCAGCACUCCGUUUCUCUCCCUGGCGAGAUCCAUUCUCUACCAACAACUCGCCACCAAAGCAGCGAAAUGCAUCUACGAUCGAUUCCUCUCUCUAUUCGACGGCGGAGAAUCAGGUGUCCUCCCUGAAGCAGUUACCUCAAUCUCCGCCGUUGAUCUUCGUAAGAUCGGCGUCUCCGGUAGGAAAGCUAGCUACCUCCACGAUUUAGCCGGUAAAUACACAAGCGGCGUGCUUUCCGAUGAGAUGAUUCUCGAAAUGAGCGACCAAGAGCUUAUUGAUCGAUUAACGUUGGUCAAAGGAAUUGGAGUGUGGAGUGUUCACAUGUUCAUGAUCUUCUCGUUGCAUAGGCCUGAUGUUUUGCCUGUGGGAGAUCUUGGUGUGAGGAAAGGUGUGAAAGAUCUUUACGGUUUGAAAAAUCUUCCUGGUCCAUUGCAGAUUGAGCAACUUUGUGAGAAAUGGCGACCUUACAGGUCCGUUGGUUCAUGGUACAUGUGGAGACUAAUCGAGUCUCAGAAGACAUCUAAGACCAAACUGUCCAAGUAGCAUUGAAAAAAAACAACACAUUCAUCUGACUGCUUCUCAAUGAUUGUAAUUGAUCUGGGACCGUUUCAUACACAAGACCCACUUGUUCUUGGUCGGCUAGGUAAUCUGAUCCUGUGACGAAGAAGCUAUUUCGCGCCCACCACUUUAUCUUCCCUUCUAUUCAAAGCUUCACUUGUUCUUUCUUCCCUUUUUUUGUUGCAAGUUAUAGCACGCGAGGGAAACCAUAUUUGUACUUUAACCUUAUUCCACCGAAAUUGAAGAUUUCGAGGAUGCCUGUGAUUGUUGUAACUUGUAACCCUUAAUGUGGAAAUAUGUAUCAUAUCUGGUUUCAUUUUGCUUGGUUCCAA